AUGUCGAAGAUUAGAUUUGUGACGUUUGACGCAUUCAACACGCUUUGGAAGCUCAAAGAGCCACCAGGAAAAGUAUACGGACGCAUUGCGAACUCGAAAUAUGGUUGUAAUGUAGACCUGGAGCGGUCUGCACAGGCAUUCGUACCAUCAUACAAGACCGUGUCAUCUCAAUACCCUAAUUUUGGCUACAGGUCGAUAUCUGGCUAUGAGUUUUGGGAGAAAAUCAUCACAUCAACAUUGAAUGCCGGAGGAUUAGACAAACCACCUUCGAAGGCCCUUAUAAACGAAUUAUACGAUCAUUUUGCUACUUCUGCUCCAUAUAAACUAUAUCAGGAUGUUGUCCCGUGUCUAGUGGAGCUGAAAUCAUCAGGUCGAGUCAAAAUUGGGUUGAUUUCAAACAGUGAUUCCAGGACAGAGGAGGUGCUCAGGUCCUUUCGAAUUCGUCAGUAUUUUGACGUUGUAGUCUUAUCAGGCGUGUUUGGAAUAGCGAAACCGAGAACUGAGAUAUUCCGAGAAGCCCUCAAACUGACUGACGUUGAAGCUCAGGAAGCUAUACAUAUUGGUGAUGACGUGCUGGAUUUUGAAGGUGCUAAGGCUGCAGGGAUGAAUGGGUUGAUUAUCAACAGAGCCAUACAGUCAUCCGAAGUCACUGGGGGCACUGAGAAUACUGAUACAAACACAACCAUAUCGAGCCUGAGGGCCGUACUGAAGCUCGUUGAACAAGGAAAUGGUAUUAAGAUAUAG